UAAAGCUUGACACACUUCCUGGCCCUUUUACUAGUCCAGUCAAUGUCAGACGACAAAAAAGACUCAUCUGGGAUUCAUGUUGUCUUAUUAGGUCCGCCCGGUUCCGGUAAGGGUACUCAGUCCCCUAUGCUUGUCAAAGAGCACAACAUUUGUCACCUCUCUUCAGGGGACAUUUUGCGGAGUGCAGCGACUGCUCAGACACCUCUAGGCCAAGAAGUGAAUAAAAUCAUAAAUGAGGGCAAGCUCGUUCCCGACGACCUUAUAGUGGAACUGAUCAAGGAAAAUUUAAAGCGUCCUGAAUGUAAAAAUGGCUUUGUUUUGGAUGGAUUCCCUCGUACUGUGGACCAGGCCAAGCAGCUUGACAGCAUGCUUUCCCAGAAUAACAAGAAACUUGACAGAGCUCUUCAUUUCCAAAUUAACGACGAUCUACUUUUUGAGCGCAGCGCUGGCCGCCUACUUCACCCUGCGUCCGGUCGGAUCUACCACAGGACAUUUUCUCCCCCUAGGCAGUCGAUGCUGGACGAUAUCACCGGUGAGCCGCUUGUCCGACGGACAGAUGACAAAGAAGACGUGAUGAAGAAGCGCAUACGUAGCUAUCAUGAACAAACCAGCCCAGUCCUUAAAUAUUACAAAGAUCGGAAUAUCUUGAGUACAAUCGAUGCGUCCUUGUCGAAAGAGUCCGUAUGGGAACAAAUAAAAGAGAUUCUGCCAAGAAAAGCGCUCUAGAUGCCAAAACCCGUGAACAUAAAAGUCUUUCACUAAAUGCUAUUUUCUCUAUACACGAAUUGGACGAGUACAAGCGUUAUGUAAGCAAAAACGACAUAAACAAUAUAAAACCUCUGGUGCCCUUAAAAAUA